UUAUAACAGGAUGGUAAAACCCCCAAACAGUGUGCCAAGGAAGGUCAUUGCAAAGAUUUCGUGAUUGCAUUUUAUGAAUGCAAAAGAUCAUUGUUGGACAACACCAAAAGAUUCAAAGGAAGAAAGGGGUAUUGACUCUCCCUAUAAAGAAACAGUGAAUGUGGGCAAUCUUGGAUGUCUUGGCACCUCAAGAUUAAAGGAAUGGAAGAAAGUACGAUGUGCCCACAAACUCUUUCCUUCUAUGGGAACUGUUUUGCUUUUUCAUGAAAUGUCUGAAGCUACUGAAUACUGGAAGUACUACAAUGAAGAUGGACAACUU